AUGUUGUCCCUGGCCAAGAGGAUUCGCGAGACUGUGACUCCGGCGAGGAAGACGUCAGCGUUCCUGAGCCAGGGGGUGCUUACCCCCGAGGAGUUCAUCGAGGCGGGCGAGCAGCUAGUCUUCAAGUGCCCAACGUGGACAUGGGAGGCCGGUGACCCGUCCAAGGCGAAGGACUGUUUGCCCGACAAGAGCCGACAGUUUCUCGUCACAAGAAACGUACCGUGUCACAGGAGAGCGAAGGACCUCGAGGGGGAGUACGUUGGAGACACGGAGGUGAGACAGGGAGAGUCGGCGUCAAUGACGGCAGCGGCACCGGCGACGGGGGCUCAGCAGAAUCAGCGGGAGGAGCAGGGGGGGGUAUAUCUGACGAUGCGUGGGUGGAGCCCAAUGUGGUGGCAGAUCCCUCGAGAGGAGGGAGGUAUGGGCGGGGCGACGGCGACGAUGGCGAUGAGGAGGAGUUGCAGCUGGGGGGUGGGGCGAGGCGGUCUGUUGGGGGGGGAGGGGGGGGCGACGGAUCAAGAUGGAGUUGCAGCAGGUCUGGGUGCCAUCCAGCUGGUGGAGUCUCACUUUACGUCUCCCGCAAAGGCGGCGACAUCAACAGCUGACACGGCAGCAGCGUUACAGGAGGCCGCGAGAGAAACGUCAACAGCGUCAGGAGCAAUAGCCGACUUUAGCGGUGCUGGGGAGGAGGGGAAGGGUAGCGGUGGGGGGCCAGCGGGGGCGGGCGGGGGCGUUGGUGCGGGGGGGGGCAUGUUGGAGGACGAGGACUGCCCGGAUUUGGACAGCUACGUGGAGGACAACUUGAUGCAGGGGGACGAGGCUACCGUGCAGGCGGGAGGCGUGUCUUACCUAACGGCGCAGGAGCCGGAUGACCCCAUACUUCCCACCAGAAGCUACGACCUCAGCAUCACCUACGACAAGCACCACCAGACGCCAAGGAUGUUUCUCUUCGGCUACGACGAGUCGGGACAACCCCUGCCAGCAGAGGAGGUGUUCGAGGACGUUAUGCAGGACUACGCCAGACAGACGGUUACCAUGGAGCCCCACCCCCACCUGUCCUCGCACCACGCCUCCGUUCACCCCUGCAAGCACGCCUCGACGAUGAAGAUCAUGCUGGAGAACCUUACCAAGGGUGGCAAGGAGGCCCGCGUUGACCAGUAUCUCUUCAUCUUCCUCAAGUUCAUCCAGUCCGUCGUGCCCACCAUCGACUACGACUACACCAUGUCCGUGGACGCGGGGGGAGGGAACAACAACGACACCUCUGAGCCCGACCUGGACGACGCCUUCGUCGACGUAGCGGAAACCUCUCCUUGAGGAAUUUUCCACGAGUUUUCCUAAAUAGGUUUCUUGCGGGAAUUUGCCGCUGCCGGUCCCGGCCUUCGUCGACGUAGCGGAAAACCUUCCUUCACGAUGUUUUCGGGAUUUUUUUCCGGGAUUUUCCCGGAGUUUUUUUGUUUACGUCGCCGCCGCCGCCGGUGCUGGCCUGGACGCGCGCCUCCUCUGUCGUGUUGUAGAAAGAGUAUGCUGUCCUUGAGGAUUUUCCGGAAUUUUCUGGGAUUUUUCCAAGGUUUGUCUUGCGUCGGCGGCCCCGAUCCCGGCCUGGACGACGCCUCCUGCUCCGUCGUGUUGUAGUAUUUUGUCCUUGAUUGUGUUCGGAGACCGCCAUGCGGACGUCGGGCUAAGGCUCGUCCGCCCGUCGGCCCCAGCGGAUCGACUUUGGGAAGCUGUGCAUCCCAUGUUGUUCGUUCAGAGUCUUGCGUUCGUUCAGAGUGUUGCGAGCGCUUGUAUGGUGAGUAGUAGCUGACGAGGCUCCGUUGUACCACCACUAGUAGUUUGUUUACGGCAGGGACGAUGAUGAUGUUUCUUCUCAUGUUGUGUGGUAUGCA